UCUAAGGCUUGAAACAUACUUAAGCAUUGAUACCUACGCUUUAAAGAAUUACUUCAAUAAGGAAAUCGGCAAUGCAAGUUCCUGAAGGUUAUUCUGUUAUAAAAGAGGGAAAGGCUUGUUGCUUGUACCCUAUAGAAAACCAAGUUUUUUAUAAUCCUGUCCAGGAGUUUAAUAGGGACCUAAGCAUUGCGGUAAUUACAACUUAUGAAGAAAUUUGGUUUAAGGAAAAGUUAAAUUCUGUUAAAGGCGAAUCUGGUUCUCUUUGCUUGGACAAGUCAAGAAGGGGAGUUAUAAUCUUGGAAGGACUUGCUGCGACGGGAUUGAGGUCUAUCCGUUACGCUAAAGAGUUACCUUAUGUUAUAAAAAUUUAUGCAAACGAUUGUAGCAAAGAUGCUGUUGACUUAAUAUAUAAAAACAUCUCUUUUAAUGAAGUUGAUCCGGAACUUAUACUUCCUUUGCAAGAGGACUGCUCAGUUUGUUGCCUGCGGAAUAGAGACAAGAGAUUCCACGUGGUGGAUCUGGACCCGUAUGGCACACCCGCUCCGUUUCUGGACGCAGCUGUACAAGCCGUCGCUAAUGGAGGGCUUUUAAUGGUCACAGCGACGGAUUUGCGGGUUCUCUGCGGAGAUUUACUAGAGGUGGGCUACUCCAAGUAUGGUGUUAUGCCGCUGAAAUGCCCUCAGCAUAAAGAAUUGGCGCUUCGCCUCGUUUUGCAUGCAAUAGAAAGCCACGCUAAUCGAUAUAAACGACAUAUCGUGCCGCUGUUGAGCGUCUGCGCAGAAUUUUAUAUUCGUUUAUUCGUGCGGGUUUACUAUUCGCCCUCAAAAGUUAAGGAGUCUGCGAGUAAGCAGUCGUAUGUGUACACGUGCGUUGGUUGUCAUUCGUGUAUCCUCCAACCUGUGGGCGUUAUUACACCGACCCAGAAAGGUUAUUUGAACCAAUCGCUCUGCGUAGUUACCGCACUCACCCAUCCAAUCAAAGGGAAAAAGUAUCAGCCAGCCUUCGGUCCGACCGCCCCUGAGAAGUGUGAGCACUGCAAUGGGCGAUUUCGGAUGGGCGGCCCCGUGUGGAGCGCCUGCUUGCACGACACUGAAUUCGUAGGAGCCCUAAUAUCAACUAUCCAGCGGGCGAAGCCGUCAUCAUUUGGCACAUACAAGCGGAUGAUUGGACAAUUGACGGUAAUUCAAGAGGAGCUGAGCGAUCCGCUGUAUGUCAUCACUAGCGAUCUCGCCAAAACGUUAAAGACUCCAGUCAUAUCAAUUCUUGAUUUUAGGUCGGCUCUUUUAAAUGCGGGCUACAACGUGUCCAGUUCCCAUUGCGAACCCGCCGCUGUGAAAACGAACGCUCCCUUUGACUAUAUAUGGGAUAUCAUGCGCCUUUGGGCAAUAAGCAACAAAGCUCACGGAAACAAAAAAGUUGAUACUCCUGGACGGACUAUUCUUCAGAAGGAGCCCACCCACACCGUUAACUUCGACACCCAUAAAGAUGCUAAUCCGAAGUCACGCGAGGAGGGGCUCACAAGGUAUCAGAUGAACCCCCGAAAGAAUUGGGGCCCCCGUGCACGGGCAGGCAAAAAGCUAACUUCCGACGAAGAAGUUAAAAAGCGGAAGAUCCGUAAAGACAAGAACGAUAAAAGGGCAUGUCGUGCAGAGGAGAGCCACAACAGCGCUUGACAAUCUUUACUUUGCUUUGCGCUCAUUUCAGUAAAGAGCGUUCCUUGCGCCA